AUGUCAGAUGAGCACAGGUGUGGUGAUGGGACAUGUAUCCUGGCGGAAUACCUGUGUGACAACAGACCAGACUGCAGAGACAUGAGUGAUGAGACCAUCUGUGUGCCUACACCCAUCAUCACCUGGAGACUCAACUGGGGACAUAUUCCUUUAAGUGGCAGGAUCUCCAUGACCAGCGAGAAUGGCCAUGGCACCCUGACCAUUCGCGAUGUGAAGGAGGCCGAUCAGGGGGCGUACACCUGUGAGGCCAUCAAUGCUAAAGGCCUGGUGUUUGGUAUCCCCGAUGGCGUGCUUACUCUCACAUUGAAUCCAAAUUCAGGAAACUGUCCUGAUGGUCAUUUCAGCGUGGAGGGCCGCUGUGUCUCCUGCUUCUGUGCUGGAAUCUCCAAGAACUGCAGGAGCACCGGACACUACCGCAACCACAUCAGCCUGCGUUUCACCCAGGAGGAAGACUUCAAAGGCACUGAAGCCAUUCUUAUUAAACUGAUGAAGAGCUAACAAAGCAGCCACACUGUCAACUGAAUUACCUUUAAAGUGUGUGUGGUCCUCGUAUUUAGAGCAUA